AUGGUGCGUGACCAGUUAUUCUAUGGAACUCGGGACAAAAAGUUGCGCAACAGGCUGAUGCGCGAGAAGGACUUGGCACUCGAGAAGGCCAUUGAUUUCUGCAAAGCGGCGGAGGCUGCCACGAGCCAGGCGCUACUAUGGGAGCAGGCAGAGACGGCACAGGUGAUCGGCGCAGUGGAAGGAAAGUUAGAAGGGCCGGCUCGGAGCAAGACUUUGCGGCGGUGCAACUUCUGCGGCAGCUGUCACCCGCCGCGAAAAUGUCCGGCAUGGGGAAAGAGGUGCGUGGUGUGCCGAAAACUGAACCACUUCGCGGCGUGCUGCAGAGCGAAGAGAAGCGUUCAAGAAGUUGAGUGCCCUGAAAAAAAGUCGGAAGAUGAUUUUGAAAUAUUAGACGUGGAUAUAGCCGGCGUCGUCAGCUCGAACGAUUGGAUCGUCCCGGUUAAAGUUGACACAGAUACAGUGCACAUGAAGGUCGACACGGGAGCCCAGGCGAAUUUGUUGCCGUUAUCUUUAUACCGGAGACUCAAGCGAAAGCCACCGUUCCGCCCCAGCCAGACUGUUCUUUCAGGCUAUGGAGGCAAUGCUAUACAGCAUGUUGGUACAACGGUGCUGCCUCUUCAAGUGGGCGAUAAAGGCGAACAGCUGGUUUUCUAUGUGGUGAAGAAGGGCAAACAGGCAUUACUCGGCCUUGAGGCAUGUGAGAAAUUCGGCUUUAUAGCACGAGUCCGGUCAGUGUCACAAGAGGAAGGAAUGGACAAGCAGCGGAUUAUUGAAGAGUUUCCCGCUCUAUUCCGUGGCCUAGGAUGUACGAGGCGGAAAUACAGGAUCAGCCUGAAAGACGAUGCGCGACCUAUAGCGCUACCAUCGAGGAGGGUGCCACACGCACUGAAGGAGCCCCUGCGCCAGGAGUUGGACCGCAUGGAGGCGGAGGGCAUUAUAACUCGGAUGCAGGACCCAACUGAUUGGUUCGACUUCACCCUGCAGUUCGUGCCUGGAAAGCAGCUCCUACUGGCGGAUGCGCUGUCGCGUCUGCGGAUCCCACCAGACUCAACUCGGGCAGAGGAAUAUGAAGAUGCAGCCAUACAUGCUGUGAACGUACUUUCAACCCUCGUCAGUGACGGCAUGGUAAAGAGGCUGCAGGCAGCGACGGCUGAAGAUAAAGACCUCAGGCGAGUGACGACCGCUCUCGAGAAUCGUGAGGCCAUUCAAGGCCAGUUAUCGCCGGUGGCAGCAGAGUUGUCGGUUGUGAAUGGUAUCCUUAUGAGAGGCGCUAAAGUAAAAAUACUUAAGAAGCUACGGAAAGAAAUGCUGGACCGCGUGCACGAGGGGCACCUCGGGGUGAACAAGGCAAAGGCGAGAGCUAGAGCCCUAAUGUAUUGGCCGGCUAUGCAAAAGGACAUUGAGGAAAAAACGUCAAAGUGUGAGACCUGCUGUCGCUACGCGUAUCGGCAGCCAUCAGAGCCACUGCUAAUGAAGCCUGUCCCUUUGUCGCCGUGGUCAAGAAUAGGGUUGGACCUGUGUGAGCAUGCGGGAGUGCACUACUUAGUGGGCUAUGACGCUCACUCAAACUACCCAGAAGUAGAACAGCUGACUGAAACAACGAGCCACCAAGUCAUCCAGAAACUGGAAAUGUGGUUUGCCUGGCAUGGGAUACCUUUAGAAGUGUGCACGGAUGGGGGACCGCAGUUCUCCUCGAGGGAGUUCCUAGAGUUUGCCAAGCUAUGCGACUUUCGUCACGUGGUUUCCAGUCCGAGGUUUCCAAGGGCAAAUGGGCUAGCUGAGAAAGGAGUACAAGUGUUCAAAAGACUCCUGAAGAAAACAAAGCAUGCUAAUGAGCCUCUGUGGCUUGGACUUCUAAACUACAGGUCAUCGGCACUAGAGGAUGGAAGGAGCCCUGCGCAGCUGCUGAUGGGAAGACAACUUCGAGGCCGUCUUCCAGACUUCUCCACCCCUCAAGCAACCGAGGUGAAGAAGCAGACACGAAGGCACCGGCCAAGGCCGGAACUACCGCCACUCAGGACAGGAGACACGGCCCGCCUUUUAGAAGAUCAGGGUUGGACUAGCAGAGCCAAAGUAACGCGGCAGGUCACACCACGAUCAUAUUUGAUGGAAACCGAAGACGGGAGCCUACUGCGUCGAAAUCGGCAGCACAUCCUGCGGACGGCAGAGCCGUUCCACUCGCCUAGUGACACAGCGGGCAGCCCCCGCCAUCCUCAGAAAGCUAAUGGCAGUGGCGAAGAAACAAGACCUGCAGGCACCCCAGAACGUCCACCAGCCUCUGGCCUGCACGACGCAGCAACUCCCAUGCGCCGCCCUGUGCGGGCAAGGAACCCGCGAGUGCGUCUAACUUACGAUGAGAACUUCGAGCAAGAACCUGGACCCUCACGCGGGAGUGAGGGAGGUGUAACGUAGCCCAGCCUAGCGGGAGCGCAUUGCCCAGCCGGCAACCCUGAGCUCCCAAGAGGCUGUUGCGCGUUCUC